AUGCUGGAAUUUGAACCUGUUAUCUAUCGAUUACUCAAUAUCAAGGUCACUCAAAAGCAUAAUUUUGAAAUUCUUCCUACUGAUGAAACCUUCAUGGUGUGGCCAGAAUUCCAACCUUUACUGUUAAAUUCAAUGACGAAAUCAAGUGAUGAAUAUCAGGAUUUACAAAGCAACUCAGCAGAUUCACUAGAUGGACUAAAAAAAUGGAAAAAUGUUGCAAUUGAAGGAAUGGAAUUUGCUGCCAAGCACUUUAAAUCUUUUCUUCCCCCUGUGGUAAAAUCACUGAGUCCUGUUGGGGUGCCAUACAUGUUGUGGGAACUCAAGAAGUACCAUGCACUUCUGGGUAUAUUACCACCAAAUAAUCAGUACCAUCCUCCCAAAGUUGAGGAUGAUGAUGCAAUUUUCUAUACAUUACUAUCUAUGUUUCAUCCACGGCCUUUUCUUCUGACUCGAUUUGGUCCACAUGGUGCUGUUGCUUGUGUAAGAGCCUAUAAUGAUCAAUAUUUUGACAUUGUUUUCAGGAUGCAUGCAGAGUUCCAGUUAAAUGAGCCUCCAUUGCAGCCAUUUUGGUUUACUCCUGCCUACUUUUCAGGGAGCCUUAUUAUCAACAGAAAUGCUUCCUCUGUUCUUUAUUUUAGUUUAUCUGUUCCAAAUCAUAAUAAACUUAAUGUUGAUAUGGAGUGGCUGACAGAUGAUAGUGUUGAUCAAGAAAAUAUGAUGGUUGACAUUGGUUAUAUGCCUCAGAUGGAACUCAAGUCCAUGACUCCUUCAAAGAAGGCUGAUGAACAAAUCCCACAUAGUAGCAGUGAUUCAGAUCAAGUUUUUGAGCAGAUAUUAAUCAACUCUGAGAAGCCAUCCAUAUCUUGGACAGAAGAGAUCACUACAGACGAAGCUAUGGAUAUACUAAGUGUCAAAAUGUUUCCUUUUAAAGAGGUGCCUUAUUACAACUUUACAACUGCAUUUGAGAAAGCUAAGAAAGAAAAUAAAUUAGUCCAUUCAAUUAUUCUAUGGGGAGGUUCGCCUGUUCUCUCUUUACUCAAGAAAAGUUUCAUUAGCAGCUUCUCCCUUGUGCUGGAUCUUCAGGAGUUAAAGAAUGAUCCCUGUCCUGAGGUUGCAGAACUGGCUAAGAUUUCUCUUGAUAACUAUAGCUUUCCUGCCAUGAUGAUGGUGCAAUUGCCCAAUGGUACAGUUGUGACAAAGAUUAAUGCAAAUGAAUUACUUGAUAUGAAUACUCUAAUGUUGGAAACAGGAUUCUUUCAUCCAUCAAGUCUAAUCUACAAAAGAUUCUUGGAGAAAGGUAUCAAGAUGAGUGGUGACUAUCUUUAA